AUGGCAACAGAGGAGUUCAUACUCGAACAGAACAAACCGACAGCUGGUUUGCAGGCAUUGCUACAAGCUCACGAGAGCUGCUUGAAGGUAUUAAUGGAGCUACUGGAGGAUAUGGAACAUAAAAGAUCAUUCGAAGGCAUAGCUGUCUCGGUCAUUGUAGGGUGGGGUAUUCGUGCUGCCGAAUUGGGAUUUCUCUAUUCUAUCACACCUGCCCGCUUCGAGAUCGUCACUACGGCCGUUACCCGUCUUCUGAGCCGUCUGCAGGGUGAUUUCAACGAGGAACAUAUGAAAUUGAUUAGCAAGCUGGUCGAGCGAUUACUUGCUCUCGAACCAACUAGUAAUGGCGGUAUUGUUGAGAAUUUGCAUUCGUACUAUUCAUUUUUGCUGAAUGUCGAUCUGAUCUCAUCACAGAGGGCCUGCGAGAGAGUGGUGGCUGGAACGCUGAUUCCUGAACAAGAAAAAGUUCAUCAGCUGCCAGGAUUGUUUGAACUUCUCAUCAAGAUGUUAUAUGGUGAUAUUUCCAGUUGUGAAUACCUGGGAUUUCUCCUUUCGUUCCGUCGCAGUCUGCUCGAUGACGAUCACUAUGAACAGCGUUCAGUGCUGUUGUCAAGUCUCGCUGCAAUAAUAAGGUUGAUCGAUGAGAAGUUUCUCGAAGAGACAUGCAACAAGGUGAUGGUCGUUCUCCGUGCCGCUACAGCUGUCGGAGAAGGGGCGGUAGCCGUCUGGAAUGAAUUUGUGCGCCGAUUGGGUGAUAGAAUGCUUGCCACUUUGCUUCCGAAAAUCUUGAUUGCAAUCCAGCCGCUGCUAAAAUUUCCGGCCACAAAUGACUUAUUGGACAAUAUUUUUGACAGGAGAAAACCAUUAGAGAUUGAGCAAAGCGAGGCAUUUGAACGAACUGCUAUGGUGCUUGUGAACAGUGAAGCUGGAGAUUCAUCACGGAUUAAUUUUCAUCUUCGUCGUACAUGUACCAAUGAUUCCAUAGAACACAUAGUUUCUGGCUGUGUUCGUAUGUUGCUGGAGGAGUGUGAUACCGUGGGACGUGUGGUACUUCAGAAAUUGUUGUCGGUGCUGGAUGGAAAUCCAUUGCCGGAUGCUCUUGCUGCAAGCCUUAUACCAGCUCUACUACACACAAUGCGUAACUGUGGUGAUCUCAGCCUUCGUGUACUGUCUGCUCAAUGUCUGGGUCGACUAGGCGCAGUGGAUCCAGGAAGGAUUGGGUCCUCUAAUGGCACGUCCACAUCGGAUCAGAAGAGAAUGGUUUUCGUCGAUGAUGCUAAGGAGUUUUACGUGGAUAUAUUGGAGCGUGCAUGGCGUGUCUACUCAAAUUUGCUAGAUGCGGAUGUGCUUGAUCAGGUAGAAUACGCCCUUCAAUCGUUACUAUCAGAGCUCGUCGGGAAAUCGGAUGAGUUUGCGAUCAUGGAGAGGAAUUCAAAUGCUCAAGGUCAAUGUUACAGAUUGAGCGAUGAAUGUCGACGAGAUAUUGAACCGUUUCGAAGCAGCAGUCUGGUACAGACGCAUGACAGAAGGGGGCCAAUUAAGGAGAGGCCAAUUGUGGAUCAUGUGCAAGGAUAUGAAGAUUGGUUGCUUCAAUGCUUCAUCAUUGGGGUGCCAAGGGUGCGUCAACAUCCGGAUAAAGAACUGUUCAAAGCGUUGAAGUGGAUUGUGUUUGCAAAGGAUACCGUGUUUACGCAACAUGUUUUGCCCCAACUAAUUAUUCGAUUGAUACUUGAGAAUAAUGAAGACAUGAUUAAUGAGUACUGCGACGAGAUGACAAGUGUCUUGCGCCGCGUGGUGACCAAUGCCGCUGGUUGGAUGCGACUGGCAGCACAUGUGGUAUUCUCAGUACUGGAUACACUGGAACAAUACGCUAUUCGAAGAUUGGCGAAAAAGAGGCCAAAUGAUAAGGAACUUGAAAGGACGCAAGCGUUUCUUACUCGUGUCUUCUCGGAAAAGGCAAGCAACGGUUCAUUGCUGGUUGUGGUGGCUGCAGAGAGGUGUCAGUGCAUGCAUAGGGCUUUGCGAUGGUGUGAACAGCAUGAGAUUAAGCAAGACAGCUUUGGUUGCAAUAUUUUUGAUCGGAAUCAUUUCUUCACGCUUGAGCGAAUUUAUACGCAACUACAAAACGUGGACGGUGUCCUGGGGUCAUUCGAAUGUAUUUCAACCUGUACAUCGCCAACUGCCGACGAAAGAAUUCUGGCAUUAGAAGCGAACGGUGACUACAACGAAGCGCUGCCGCUUUACACUCAAUCUGUGAAUAAUAAGGAGCUUCAACUCAUCAAAUGUCUUUUACGUCUGAAUCAACCUCAGUUGGCGUUGAACACAGCCAUCUCGUUCCAAGAUGACGAUGAGAAAUCGUCUCAAUUAGCGAGCUCCUUGGCUUCUAGUCAGCUUGAGGCUACUUGGCAUUUGAGAGAUUGGGGUCGACUGGAGAAAAUGGUCCAGGUAUGUUUGUUUCGCUUCCUUGACCUGAGUACCAGCUGUCGCCUAGCCCGACAGUCAGGUCAUGUCCAAAUUGCUUGGACAUUCCUGGUGGAAGCCAAAGCUUUGGGAGUGAACCUCAAGGACGUUGGAAUGGAAGAGGCUCGCUUUGAGUUCCAAAAAGGUAACCAAUCGCAAGCCAUCGGACUUCUGACCAAGCUGCUGAACACGAAGUUUGCCGACAUGAAUAAACUGUUCACGAAUUUUGUCCAUUGGCAUGAAUGUGGCGCGAAAAGCACGGUGGACUCACCAGACGUUCUUGUGAAGAAGACCAGUAAGGAAGCAAGAGCUGCAUUCGCAGAGGUUCAGCUACUGCGUGCUGAAUAUAUGCUGAAAUCGGGAGCGGUUGCUGCAACAGAUCUCUACCAAAUCUAUUUGUCGCUACAACGAUUUGAUGUAUCUUCUGAAGAUCUUCAUUAUCGUGUGGCAGUGUUUUGUGAUGGAAUGUACAGCAUUGACACUGACAAAGUCCGAAGUGAUCUGGUAGCCAAUAUUCUGAAGUCCUACACGAAUGCACUACGCUUCGGACGUACUCAUUUGUUUCACGCAAUGCCACGAAUGCUGACCAUAUGGUUGGAUGUCAGUCAAAAGAAGACUGAGGCGAUUCAAAACCGAGGAUCAGAUGCGCGCGCCAGUGAAAUGAACAACAGGGACAACAACGACAUUGCACAAAUGAAUACGGAGAUUUCUCGUGCAUUUCGACAACUUGAUUCUUAUGCGUUUUAUACGGCAUUCCCCCAAUUGAUCUCUCGUAUAGUGCAUCCCAACGCGUCAGUCUUUUCAACUCUAAAGACAAUCUUAGCUGAUCUCAUCUGUAAAUAUCCCCAUCAGUGUAUAUGGCAGUCAAUUGCUGUCUACAGAACUGGUCCAUGGCAGAAAAGUAUCCGACAGGAGAGAUGUUCUCAAGUAUUCGCUGUCGUGAAGAAUAAGCGACACAAUAUGGAUCAGCUUAUCGAUCAGUACGACUACGUGGCUGCUGUUUUGAUCGAAUUAGCUGAGAAGAAGGUGAAGACUUGUGGCUCGUUCUCCGACCUUGCCCGCGUUUCUCCUCGUCUCCAUAAUUUCUUCGCAUCUGGCGAAAUGCAUUGCGGCAUGCUUAGUGAGUUAUUCUGUAGACCUUGA